UGCCUGUAGGGUUCCCGCCCCGGGGCGAGCUCGCUAGGGUUUCUGUAGGGUCGCUGUCAAUAGCGCCCUGUGACAGGUCCCGGGCCUGCCGGAGCCGGACCCCCGGCCGCAGGGGGCGCUCUCGGGACCGGAGCCAGCUGCGGCUGGCGGUGGCGCCGCCUCUUUGUCCCGCUCGCUGCGCCGGCUCCUCGGCGAGCGGCCCAGGAAGUGUCCGGCGAGGGGGCGCUGCUAGGCCUGGCUCCGGCCGCAGUGAAAGGACUAUGGCAUCAGAGCAAACCAAGGAUGAGGUGCCUGUUCCUGAGAGAUCCACUGCAGGCCAGCUGGCCCCACGAGACUCAGACCCAUACAAAGAACUCGACAAUUUGCCUGUGAGCAUAAGUGACCUUUCUAUACAAGAAAAUGAGAGUGAUCCCCUAUCAUUGGAAGCUGCGGAUCAUAGCCAACCAAUAACAAGUGAGAGUACAGGAGAUGCUCAUUCAGGAGGAGCAGAAAGAGAUCCUGCGAUAUUGCCGACCGAUGCAUCACUGCUGGCUGCAGAAAACAAAGGAGAAGAACCUAUGCCCAGAGCAGUAGGGCACUCUGGUGCUGUUUCCAGAGAGGCGCAGGCGUGUUCCUCAAAUGAAGAGCUGUAUCAAUCUGAUUCAGAGGGUUCAGACAGUGCGGUAGAAGAAGAGAAAACCUUGCUGCCUGGGGAAAAUCUGCAAACAGUUUCUCUGCACUUCCAGGUUGAUGUCCAUGCAGAACAGCAACAUGCUACCAAUAAUUGCUCUGAAGGUGAACUGGAAGCGUCACACUUGCAUCAGGCUAGAGGGGAUGGGGAUCUGGAUCUGGAUAGUAAACCCUUGGAGGUGCCACCAAAUGGGGAGAAUGGGAUUGAAAACAGCAGAGUUGCGCAGGACUCAGAUCAGGAAGCUUCAUCCCAGAAGCCCUCUCAGAACAUUGCAGUGCAGACUGACUUCAAGACUGCUGAUCUGGAGGUGAACACAGAUCAAGAUAUUGAAAAGAACUUGGGUAAAAUGAUGUCUGAAAGGGCCUUGUUGAAGGAACGUUACCAGGAAGUGCUAGACAAACAGAGGCAGGUGGAGAAUCAACUCCAGGUGCAGCUCAAGCAGCUCCAGCAACGAAGGGAAGAAGAGAUGAAGAAUCACCAGGAGAUCCUGAAGGCCAUUCAGGAUGUGACGAUCAAACGAGAAGAGACUAAGAAGAAGAUGGAGAAAGAGAAGAAAGAAUUCUUGCAAAAGGAGCAGGAUCUGAAAGCUGAAAUUGAGAAGCUCUGCCAGAAAGGCAGAAGGUUACUGAAAGAACAGGAGGAGAAGGAAAAUAAAAUUGUUUCUCUAAUCGCAGAGCAGUCUGAUGAAAAGGAGGUUUGGGAGAUGGAACUAGAUAAGCUGAAGAACCAGCACAAUGAGAUCAAUAGGAACAUCCUGGAGGAAACGGAAAGGGCUUGGAAAGCAGAGAUAUUGUCCUUGGAGAGCCGGAAGGAGCUGCUGGUUCUGAAACUAGAAGAAGCCGAAAAAGAGGCGGAGCUACACCUCACCUACCUCAAGUCAGCGCCACCCACGCUGGAGACCAUACGACCCAAGCAGGAGUGGGAAAUGAGGCUGAACAGGAUACGAAUGACCAAAGAAAGUGUCCGGGACCAGUUCAAUGGUCACAUCCAGCUGGUGAGGAAUGGAGCAAAGCUGAGCAGCCUGCCCCAGAUCCCAACCCCCGCCCUGCCCCCGCCCCCGUCCGAGACAGAGUUCAUGAUGCCGGCAUUUCAGCCCAAUCCAUCCCUUACCCCCAGGCUCCCGUUCCCCAUUGGGCCGGUCCCAGUUCCCAUGCUCAUGCCCAGUGCUGAUCCUCGGGCGCUCUCCUUCCCGCUCCUGAACCCUGUCAUCUCCAGGCCUAAUCAGCCCUCACCCCCUCUGCCUGCUUCCCAAGGGAGGAACAGCCCUGUAUUGGCAUCUCUUGUCAGCACCCACGGCCCUCACAUGACAUCUGCUGCCUCUAUCCCGCCUCCGCCAGGGCUCGGAGGAGUCAAGGGUGCUCAUGAGUUUCACAGGCCACAGCCGGUCGAUAAGCUGGAAAAGAUCCUGGAGAAGCUCUUGGCUCGAUUUCCCCAGUGUAACAAGGCCCAGCUGACGAACAUACUGCAGCAGAUCAAGACAGCGAGGAGAACCAUGGCAGGGCUGACCAUGGAAGAGCUGAAUCAGCUGGUAGCAGCGAAGCUGGCCGAGCAUCAGGGCGCAGCAGUGGGCGCUCAGCCACUUGGCCGAAUCAGGGCCCCCAUGUUUCCUGCUCCUCUGCCCCAGAUCAGCGCCCCUAUGUUCCUGCCACCGGCUCAGGUGUCUUACCCAGGGACACCGUCACAUGCCCCCGCUACCUGUAAGCUGUGUCUAAUGUGCCAGAAACUCGUGCAGCCCAGCGAGCUCCACCCGAUGGCCUGUUCUCACGUGCUCCACAAGGAGGUCAUGCUUUAUAGCCUAGCUGUCUUCAUGGCUUUCGUGUCUGUCUGUCACAAGAUGCUAGGCGGGCCGAGCCGCUCUGCAGUUGUUGGAACCUGGAAGGAGCAGUGGGAAAUGCGGUUCUUCGGUACCACAUUGGGCUGUCUGGGCGGAUACCUUGCAGUGGAAGAGCUCUGCAAGCCGAGGCUCUUGAGAUGAACAGCCCAGUAUUCAGUGCUGGCCUCUUGGGGGAAGGGGAAGCUUAGUCUAGUCAUUGGAGUGCAGGGCUAGCACGUGGGCGACCUGGGCUCUCUACGCUGCCCUGCGGGGUGAUUUGGGACACGUUACUUCUCUGCCUGUUUCUCCACAGGGAUCACACUGCCCUAUGCACAGGGAGAGACUCUGUUCCUUGGAUGAAAGCACUAUCCUGAUAGGGGCUGGGCCUCGUGAGCUCCAGAUGUGAUCCCAUUUCUCUCCCACACCCAUCUAGGCCACAGCACUUCCUGCUCCAGUGGGAGAAGGCCUGGGCAGCUCACAAAAUAGGUUUCCUACAGUCGUGUCAUCCCGUAGUACCUCCUCCCUUAGGUUAAAACAGGUAAACUAUCUGUAGCCCAAGGGACCACGGCCGAAGAGAGGGUGAACGUUGCACACGGCGUCAAAUGUGAAUGCAGUCUGGGUAGGGGGACGCGCACACAGCAGCAUCCUACACAAAUAGUCGCAACCCAGCACGUGGAACUGGCCUCACUUAGCAUGCUGUAGAAUGUAGAUGGUGCUGAAGCUACCAUUAAAUUGGCAAUUCUCAAGCCUCCCGUGAAGUGGACAGCAGCAAUGCAAGCUUCCCUCCUCCAUCCUGCCAGUAUCUCAACCCUGCCUUUAUGGCUUGUUCAGUCUUUGACCACCGCUGAGCCCCCACCGCUGGUCUGUUUGUACUGUAGACACCUUUCCCUGUGCUGAAACCCCCAGCCUGACUCACAGGUAUUGCUGGCCUGGGCCGGAUUUGAGAUGAGGAGCCAGGCUUCCUAUCUCACUAGAGGAGCUGUUUGCAAAGCACGUCCUGCCAAUAUUCAAACCUUGGAACAAACUCACCCUAGCUGAGUCACUCGUCUUUGCUUUCUGCAGUUAUGCUACUUGGGGGAUUGCUGGCAACAGCAACUUCAAAUAUUAGUCCCAAAAUCUGAGUUAAUGAUCAUCCAGGUGUGCAUGGAAAUGAACUAAAUUAUUCUGCCUAAUGCUGCUGCACUGUUAAAUACCUGGCCUGAGCAGCAGCCCAGGGGUUGUUGGAGAAAUUAAGCAAAUAAUUUAAACCUCCCACUACAUCUGAGAAAAGCAUGAGCUGUUAGUGGCAUUUGUGUUGCAGUGUAAUGGGUCAGAGGUUCUCCCUUGCCCUACCCCAUUCCUGGCCCGUGAGCCAUCCCCACCUGUUGAGAACGUACAAAGAGGGGAAUGCUGAACUGAUAACUAGAACUCCACAUCCUUGUUACCCAAUGCGCUUGCUUCCACCAUGACCGUUGGGUCUUCCCAGGGUACCCGGGAUGUCUGGGCUCACUAACAACUUCAGUGCAUCUCACUGAGUUCUCCACUCAACAGGCACUUUUUACCUGCCCUUGCCCUAAAGAGCCCUCAGCAGCUCAAAACCUUCCACAACCCUCCCCCUGUCCUUCCUUGCACUCGGAGUUGCCCCCAGACAAUGAACAGGUGGUGAACACAAGGCUUUUCUGUUUAAUGUAAUAAUUUACUGUGUAACAUUCAUUAUUCUUACAUCGACAUUAGGGUUACAGAGUAUGGGCGUCUAUAGUAGCCGCUGAGAGUAACUAUCCCCAGUCCUCGUCCCGCUCCCCAAAUGGUGGGGCAGAGCGCUGGACGCACGGUGUGGUCGUCGCAGGCGCUGUUACUCUAACCCAGGGCCCAUGGGACGGGAGUUCUUCAGGAGAUAACGCUGGCUGCGCUGCAGCUCAGAAUAACAAAGCUUUCUAGACCCAAUUUGCCCCCUCUGAGCUCUUCUUCCUCCAUCGGGCUGGUGUAACCAGUGAUCUCUACUGAUUUCAAUGGGAGUUAAUGGUGCCCAGCACCUCUCAGGAUCUGGCCCCUGCUUUGUAGAUUCUGCACAGUCCUUGGGACAAAUUCAGCACUGGUGUAAGCAGCUGCAACGCCCCCGAAGUCAAUGGAAGUGUCACUCGCAUGCAGCACGGCUGGGUUUGGCCCCCGUCGGUGAAUUUCUGCACCCACACGGUCGUUUGAAAGCAGUGGUCCAAGCGGAGUGGGGUCCCGGAGGUGUUCUGGGCAGGCACUGGGGCGUGGAGGUUUCAGUUGCAUAACUUCCCCCUGGGCUGGAGUCAGGCUGCUGCCUGAGUGCAGGACCAGAGCAAGUUCUGGGAACCAGAUGGCGCUGGUAAAAGCAAAGCCUCUGUCUCUAGUGAAGUGGGGAGACACUGGGCUGGGGAACAUCUGCUACUGAACCAACUUCUGCUGCUGAGAGGACACGCGUUGGAGCCACACAGAGCUCUUCUGCAGGGCUGACCUGUCGGUAAGCUCAAAAGUGUGUCUGUCUCACCCACAGAUGUUGGUGCAAUAAAAGACAUUACCUCACC